AUGGCACCAGCGCAAGCACCGAGCCAUGCAAAGAGACCGGAAGCUGGGUCCCAGUCGAUGGGAAGCAUGUGGACGCAGAUGUUUCCACCCAAGCCGACAUACACUGAGGAGCAGGUACCUGAUUUGACUGGCAAGGUUUUCAUAGUGACGGGCUCCAGCUCGGGUGUGGGCAAAGAAGCUGCGCGGAUUCUAUAUGCGAAGAACGCAAAGGUAUACAUGGCGGCACGGCCAGGACACAAGGCAUCCGCAGCCAUGACAUCGAUCCAAGAAUCGGCGCUCACGUCAGCAGGCGAUCUUGUUCUGUUACCACUCGAUCUACCAGAUCUGAUGGCAGUGCGCAAGUCUGCGGAACAGUUUCUCUCGCUAGAAACUAACUUGCAUGGGCUCAUCAAUAAUGCAGGUGUGCAAGCACUCCACGACACAGACGGCAAGGCUCGAACAGCGCAAGGCCAUGAAAUCCACCUAGGUGUCAACGUACUGGCCCCGUUCUUGUUUACUCGCUUGUUGACUGGAGUGCUCUCCACGACGGCAAGUCGGGAGCCGCCUGCUGCCGUGCGCGUGGUAUGGGUAUCGUCUAUGGGCACAGAGACAAUUGGUGAAAAGGGACGCGGACUCUCUUCUGAAUUUGUGGACUACUGGCCACUAAUGUCGCCGCUGGAGCGUUAUGGUCUAAGCAAAUCUGGCAAUUGGCUGCAUGGUGUGGAAUUCGCACGGCGCUAUGCUGAUGAUGGCAUCGCAAGUUUUCCCAUCAACCCGGGCCACUUAAAGUCGGACCUAUACCGGGAAGGCGGCUCGCUGUUCAAGUUCGCGCUAAGGCCUGUGCUGUAUCCGCCCACAUACGGGGCCUAUGUCGAGCUGUUCGCCGCGCUGUCUCCCACAUUGACCCUGGCAGACUCGGGAAAGUGGAGUAAGUACCCAGAAUCGACUUCUUCUGAGGGUUACUAA